CCCCCGGAUAAGGGUCGCGACCCUCAGCGGGCCCUGCUGCGCACCCCUGCCCGUCACCCAAGCCUGUAACAUAGCAGGGAGACGUGGUUUGGCGAUGCUCCUGUCAUGUGCAGGAUGCGAGAAACCAAUUAUGGAUCAGUACCUGCUGAAUGUUUUGGACCGAGCAUGGCACGUCGAGUGCGUCCGCUGCUUCGAUUGCAGAACCACGUUGCAGGACAAGUGUUUCUCAAGGGAAGCGAAGCUAUUUUGCAGAGAGGAUUUCUUCAGGCGAUACGGGACGAAAUGCAGCGGUUGCCUCCAGGGGAUAAGCCCGCAGGAUCUCGUGAGGAAGGCGAGAGACAAGGUUUUCCACCUGAAUUGCUUCACCUGCCUGGUGUGUCGGAAGCAGAUGAGCACCGGAGAGGAGCUCUAUGUCCUGGACGACAACAAGUUCGUCUGCAAGCAGGACUACCUGUCGGGCAAGCCGCUGCCGGACACGCAUCACGUGCACGGUCAUCAUGAAUCGUCCAACCUGUCGACAGGAGGAGACUCGUUGAUGGGUUCAGGAUCGGAAGACGAGGACGAGGACGGUAGUGCUCACCAUCAUCACGGUGGUGUCGGUGGCCCUCACUUGGGGCCUCACAAUCUGGGUCCAGGUGGUCCCGGUGACCAAACGGUCGGUCAUACUGGCGAUCUACCUCUUGGAAGCGAUCCUUGUAAGCAGGAAGACUCCGAGGAUCAAGGUUCCCUGGACGGCGAUCCCGAAACGAGGGAUAGCCAAACGGAGAACAAAAGUCCAGACGGUGGUGCCGGUGGUGGUAGCGGCGACGGUGGUGCCGGUUCCAAGAGGCGGGGGCCGAGAACUACCAUAAAGGCGAAACAAUUGGAAAUUCUCAAGUCGGCGUUUUCGUCUACCCCGAAACCAACGAGGCACAUCAGGGAACAAUUAGCGAAAGAGACCGGAUUGCCGAUGAGAGUGAUACAGGUCUGGUUUCAAAAUAAGAGGAGCAAGGAGCGUAGGUUAAAACAACUGACGUCGAUGGGCAGGAGCCCGUUCUUCGGCGGCUCUAGAAAAAUGAGGGGCUUCCCCUUGAACCUGAAUCCCGGUGCUUUGGGCGGCGAGGACGGACCGCCGCCCGGUUUUCCAUAUUUCGGCGCGGAGAAGUUCGAAUUCGGUUACGGCGGGCCCGUGGCAUUUCACCAUGAAUUCUUUGGUGCUCAUCCGCCCCCUCAUCCACAUGGACCGCCCUUCAGCGGACCAGGCAAUCCUGGUUUGGACCCGGCGAGUUUAGCGGGUAUGGCGGCCGCAGUGGCGGUGACAGGGGAAUAUCCACCUCCGGGUGCGGGAGGCGGCCCUCCGGAAUUUCUCACGGGCCCUCCUGGACAGGGGCCCCCUGCACCUUCUGGCGGCAGUCCUGGAGAGUUCCUAGCACCUUCAGGUGGAGCACAGGGUAAUCCCAGUGCCGGUGGGAAUGGUGGCGGUCCAGGUGGCGGCGGCGGCGGGGGUGGGUUCCUGGAGCCGCACCAGAUGCAGAGCGAAGGGCUGGCCUGGUAGUACGAGUUUUAAUUAACGUUUAUUUUUUCUUCGUGUUUAUGUUGCUUUCCAUCGACCGAGCGAAAAAUCGAUCGAAUUACGAAGAAGAAUCGCGCGUACCCGAUGGGGAGAUCGUACGACUUUGUUCCGGCUUCAAAGACUUUUGCCCGCGAAGCGAACGUGGCGCGAGAGUCGA